CCUCUCUCCCCCUCCCCGUCUUUAUAUUACGACGCUCCCGUAACGAACCACAGACCGGUGGUAAAUUUAGCAGUUAGCAGGAAGUAAAACUACGAAACAACUUGUCCCAAGGUGAUAGAGUCCCAAGAUGGCUUCGGUGAGACAAUUUCCCACCAUCAAAGCCAUCAGGUCGUAUGUGAUUGGCGGCGUUGGCUCAGGUGGUGACUAUCACAACGUUAAGGGUGGCCAUUGGCUGAUCGACACGGACAUCUCAACGCCGUGCUCCAUAUGGGACAAGUAUAAGAAAUCACGAACAAGUUGGGGCAUCAACGUCCUCGGGUCGUUCCUUAUCGAGAUCGAGGCUACCGAUGGCACGGUAGGCUUCGCGACGGGCUUUGGCGGCCCGCCAGCUUGCUGGAUCGUUCACAAACACUUCGAGCGCUUCCUGAUCGGUGCCGACCCUAGAAAUACCAACCUGCUGUUCGAACAGAUGUAUCGAGCUUCUAUGUUUUACGGCCGUAAGGGACUACCGAUAGCUAUCAUCUCUGUUAUCGACCUCGCCCUUUGGGACUUGCUCGGCAAGCUGAGGAACGAACCCGUAUACAGGCUCAUCGGUGGCGCGGCGCGGGAGCGGAUAGACUUUUAUUGUACGGGGCCGGAGCCGACUGCUGCAAAGACGAUGGGUUUCUGGGGAGCUAAAGUUCCUCUUCCAUUUUGCCCAGCCGACGGCCACGAGGGUCUGAGGAAGAAUAUAGAGUUCCUCCGCAAGCAUCGCGAGAGUGUGGGACCAGACUUCCCCAUAAUGGUCGAUUGCUACAUGAGCUUGAACGUGUCGUAUACUAUCGAGAUCGCCGAGAAGUGUAAAGACUUGGACAUCAACUGGUGGGAGGAAUGCUUGUCCCCCGACGAUACCGACGGUUUCGAGCAGAUCAAGAGGGCGCAUCCUACGCUCAAGUUCACGACGGGAGAACACGAAUAUUCGAGGUACGGAUUCCGUAAGCUGAUCGAGGGGCGUAAUCUGGACAUCAUCCAACCCGACGUCAUGUGGCUCGGUGGCAUGACAGAGCUUCUCAAGGUCUCUGCUAUGGCUGCCGCCUACGACAUUCCCGUCGUGCCUCACGCGAGCGGACCUUAUAGCUACCACUUCGUCAUCUCUCAACCUAAUACUCCCUUCCAAGAGUACUUGGCCAACUCUCCCGACGGAAAGAGUGUUUUACCGGUCUUCGGCGAUCUCUUCGUCGACGAACCUAUUCCGACCAAAGGUUUCCUGACCGCGGCCGACCUCGACAAGCCUGGCUUUGGUCUUACCUUGAACCCCGCCGUUAGAUCCAAACUGAUCCCGUCGGACUAUCUAUUAAGUCCGCCACCAGCGAGUGUAUUGCAGACCGCAACAGGGCUGCCCGGCUCGACACCUGCCCAGAACGCGGAGGCGGAACCUACCGAGAAGAAGACUAGCAUCGUAGAUCAUCUGACCGAGGGCAUAAAGAACAUGGCUACGAGCGCCUAGAAAAGAAAAGGCACGAAUUCGAACGACCAAAAUACCCAUACUCAUACCUUAGGUACCCAAGUGAAUGCUAGGCGCAGGAAAACACAAGAAAUAGGAGGGUGAGGGAAGCAUGAAAUGAAAUACCGGCAGUUAAACAUAUGCUGAAAACCCGGCGAAUACUGCCGAUAUUGGAACGGAAUCCCACGGAGGCUUAUCCGCCUAAUGUAGUAAUGGUCGGCUUGCAUGUAAUGGCUGCUGGGUCGGGACUUGCACGUUAGGAAGGUAUCUUGGAUAGGAGUGUUCGCGUUCAAUACAUGCC